UUUUCAGGGCGUACGUCGGUUCCCAUAGUGACGCCUGCGUCGGCCCCACCCCCGACCUUAUUGCUAGGCAAUGAUCCGAGGGAAGCUGCGGACUGGCCGCCGAGGUCCUUGUCCCAGAGGUCUGAGGGUCGUGGCAGGUCACUACUUACUGCAAAGGAUGAAUCGUGCUGGGAAAGCCAGUCCUUUGCUGUGCUAACAGAUGGACGGGGGCUGCUUGGUCAUAGACUCCAAGGGACUGAUGGGCCACAUGGAGAGCAGCUCAGUCAAAACCAGGACCCUGUCAAUCACCCUCCCCAAAGAUGUUCGGAAUGUUAUUGAGGGCAUCCUCUUCUCUCCUUCCCCUACUCUGGACUUGAGCAAAAGGGGCCUUGAACAUCUCACUGAGGAAAUCUUCAAAAUCCCUCAUCUGAAACAAUUGCAUCUCCAAAGAAAUGAACUCAGUAUAAUCCCCAAAGAUUUCUUUCAGCUCCUGCCAAAUCUCGUUUGGCUGGAUCUCCGGCAUAAUCAAAUUAAAGCUAUUCCUUCUGGGAUCGGAUCUCACAAGAAUCUGAAAACUUUGCUUAUGGAAAAGAAUCCCAUAAAAACAUUGCCUGUGGAGCUGGGGAACUUAACUUCGCUGAAAGCUCUGAACUUGAGGAGCUGCCCUCUGGAAUUCCCGCCUGAAGACGUCGUCCAGAAAGGCCUGCUGGCCAUCCUGGCCUUCCUUCGAAAUUGGGCCCUGAAGCACUCAGCUGCCGCCACUCCACCGUGCCAAGAGGUUGUGCCGAUGAAAAGGGGGAACUCUUUCAAAGAAAUCUCACAAGCCAAACAUGAGGCGACCGAAGGAUCGGCCCCCAGCGAGGAGGCCCUGCAGCCAUGGAAAGCCAAACAGGGUGACCCAAAGGAAAGGAUCCUUUUUCCCCACAUGGAGAAGUUGAACCUAACUGAGGUCACAGAGCCAAGUGUGGGUUUUUCUGAGGACUGGUCCAAUGAGGAAGAAAUGAAUCAGUUGAAACUGAGGCAAGAGAUCAUCGCCGACGAAAAGCCGAGAUCCUCGCCAGCCGGCUCCUGCCCAUUUCCGUUACCUCUGCACCUACAGAACAGUCAUGGGAAGGAGCCUGCCCGGAAACCGAAAUAUACGUUCAGGCUUCCACUGAAAAAAACAUAUAAUUCUAUAAAGAAAAUCUCUUCAUUCAAGAACAUGUUUCCUGAAAUUCCAUCCUAUGCGACAACAAUUCAGACCAAGAAAGAAGAAGAAAGACGAGUAGCUGCCCUCAAGGAGCUAAAAGAGAAACAAGCUUUAAUAGAGCAACGGAAAAGAGAUAAGAAAGUGCUCCAGAAAUGGCGGGAGCAAGCCGAAAUCAUGAAGAAGGAGAAGGAGAGCCUGGCGAGUGCGCAGCAUCCCAAGGACAUGGCACUGGGAAAAGCCCCGUUUGCAACUGACCCAGUGGAUGACAACAAGGAAUUCCACUUCCUCGAAAAAAAGAAACCGAUGCGAGUGAAACUGACGCAAGCACAGGACGAGCUCAGAGCCUCCAAAGACAGAGAGAUAGAAGAGCGGAUAAAGCAGCACAUGGAGGCCUUAUGGGAAAGGAGGAAAAAGGCCAAAGGAGCGCCUCAGGAGGAGAUCAAGAAGGCCGCCCGCGACUUUGAGAUUGCCAAAAAGCUGCAGGAUGACGUCCGGAGGAGAUAUGUGGACCCUGACCUGAGGAGAGAGUACCGGUUCACUGCCUUUACUGGGGAGGUGGAUCUUCUGGCACCCAUGCCGCAGUCCCAGAAUAUAUUUUUUAACAUGAAGUUUUAGGGACAUGGGGGGUUUUGCCUCCUCCACCAUCACUGGAGUACCUUCCAAAGUGAGACUUUGUGUUCUUUUCUACUUGGGGAGAAAUAUUCAAAUAAGUCGUUAUUUAUUUCCCAGUCAGCCCACAGCACAUGUUUUCAAUAUGUUGCUUUUUCGAAGGCUACAAAGUGUUUUCACUGCAUUAAACUAAAUGCUAUACGGUCCAUGACCCAUGCAUUGAUCAUCUACAUGAACAAAUUUCACAGCAGCCUGAUCGGGGCAAAGUCAUUUUUAAUAUCAAUAAAUA